AUGUCGAAAGAAUGGAGGACAACAACCGAGUUCUGCUGGAUCACAAUGAAGAGCUUCUGCGGUAUCGGGCAUCGAACUCGGUGUCAGUUGGUGGUUCCAGAGGGUGGUUUCCAGAUGCUGACUGGAUUAAUCUCCUCACUGUUUAUUCUAUUCGUUGCCAAACAGCGGGAUUGUAUUGCUCCAGUUGUGGAUGGAGCGGCGUUCCUUCAGCCCAGAAGAAGGGAAAUCUUAUUCUCUCUUGAGACUCGGAACAGGGUGGACAACCUUGAGCGCCAGGUAGUGGAUUUCCACACGGAGGCAGCGGACCUCACAGAGGAAGUUCGCACCUGGCCCCAGCAAUAG